AUGCCUAAACGCUCGCUGUCCAGAAAUUCCUCACGCACUUCGCGCAAAUCCGGACGAUUGAUCUCUGCUGGUGGCAGUGGAAGGGUUUGCGCUGCGAACUUCGGACAGUCUGGCUGGAUAGGAAUGCUGCUCCUCGCCACACUGAUCGAGAGCCUUUGCGACGCAUGGAUCCUGUCGGUCCUUGCUAUUGAUGUGGUGGACGAGAUCGGGCGCCGAUUCUCCUGGGAUUUUGAGACGAAGGGAAACCCCCAUGCCCAUCGGGGCCUUACCACGCUGGUGACCGAACCCAGCCUGCUCUCCGCGCUGAUCGAGAAUCUGCUUCUCGCUACGCUGGUGAAUGAGGUCGAGAUUCUUCAAUUAUCUCAGGCUCGAGGUAUUUAA